CUCUUUUUUUCCCUCUCUUUCUGUCUCUGGUCUCAUCCGGGGGAAGGAAUUCUGGCAGAGCUGUUGAAGGGAACUUUUUUUCAUUCUUCCCCUCUUUAACACACACACACCACGUAUCUCCUCCUUUGGUGUGUAGCCUGCAGUGGUGGGCGCAGACGUUGAUAGUGUUUGUGUGGAUGUGUGGCGUGGACAGUGAAAAGGAGACAUGCUGCAAAAUGGCAUGGCUGGUGCCAUCAGCACCACAACCACCACUGAGAUACCAGACCUCAAUGAGAGGAGAAUCAGGCGUCUCAGAUUAACCCUCCGGCCUGAGGACAGUCCAAAAUCCCAGAAUGAAUCCGUCAACUCUGGCGAGAAACCGCUCAAUGGUUCCUGGAAAAAGAAAAAUGGGCUCAUGCAGAGAGAAAGACCACCUGGGAGAGAAUCACCUCAACAAGAAGACAAGCACCAUGUGACCAAUGGCAUCGGUCGGGAACAGCCCGCUCAGCACGGGCCCAGAGUUUAUGGCGUGGUGCAGAGCACAGGCACCAGCCACCAACAGGAAGUGAUGGCACGCGAGUGGUCUGUCAGUCACCUGAGGGAUGAGAUGAGGUACAUCAGAGAGGUACGUGACUCUUUGGAAAAGGUCAGAGAGCGCAUGUAUGGCCAGUUUGGAGGGAUGCAACAAUCAGUGCAAAAAUUAACUCAGGAAUUAAAGGCAGCCAACUCUCAUAAGCGUUACCUUGAGUCAGAGGUGAGGACGAGAAGGGCAGGUAUGGAUAGCUUUGACCAGAUGAACAGCUCCCUCAUAUCAGCAAACAUUGAUCUACAGAAAUCAUUGCUGGAAAGCUGUCAAAAUCGUGUGGGGAACAGAGAUGAGAUGAGAACUCUGCGCAGCUCGUUGGAGAAGACAGAGGAGAAACUCAAGGAGACGGAAAGACAACUAGCAGCAGCACAGGCUGAAAACCGCUCUCUCAAAAAUCAGGUGGAGACUUCCAAGGAGGCCAAGACUCAAGCAUUAAAAGACCUGAGUGCAAAGCUACAGAAGGAAUAUGAGGAACAGCUGCAGGAACAGCAGAGGAAAUACAGAGAGGAGAUAGAGACUCUGCAGGCACAGCUUGAUGACUACAUGAGGAGGCUUGAGGAGGCAGAGAGGAAUGCUCAGACAGCUGAGGCAAAGAUCGCUGAAAGGGAUCAAAAAAUGACAGAGGUGGAGAGGCUACUAAACUGUAUGGCUCAGGAAAAGGGUGACCUGAUAAAAAAGCUUUGUGAAUGUGAACAACGCUUACGUGGUUUGGACGAAACUGACCAUGCAGAUAAAGCUGUGGCCAAACAGUCGGAGCAGCUGAAAGCGGAAGCAGCAGAACUGAAAGAGCGAAUAAAGCAUCUCAACGACAUGGUGUUCUCUCAACAGAGGAAGGUCAAGGCCAUGAUAGAGGAGGUUGAAACACUGAGAGCAAAAGUUGCACAGAAGGAUAUGUUCAUCGCUGAGCUGCUGGACAGGAUUGCCAUUGUGGAGUGUGAGAAUAAUGAGUUAGGAGACAAGUUGAAGUAUUUUAUGUCUAUACAGAGAGCAUCUGAGACUAAAGUAGCCACCAGGGACAUUGGAGUUGGCUGUGACCUCCCCAUGAGAGCUGAGGAGCCGCUGUAUGUCGCUCCUGUCCAACCCAGCCCCAUCUCAUCGGCCCCGAGAUCCCCUAGCAGACUGAACUAUAGCCUUCUUAAAUACACUCCCGGUCAGUACAGCUCAAUGCUGCGCUCCAGUGCAGUAAAUACACAAGAAACUGCAAGCAGUCCCACACAAACUUCAAAUUAUGUUCAGACCAGCCAUGAAGACGGGGACUCCAAAUCUCCAACAGCCUCAGAACUGUCCUCUACCAGAAGUCCUAGAGCGAGGACCAGCCCGUCACAGAUCUACACUCCUUUUAUGAAGCUGAUGGAGAUAAGCGCUAAAAUGAACAUAGACUGAAUGGAGUUUUACUGAAAUGGCAGCAGCAGAAGCUUAUGGAACAUGAAGUAUUGUUGUUUUGUUACUGUUUAUGUAACAUUAAGGUGUAUGUAAAUAACCUACUGAUCUGUGAAUAACUUAUUUUGGUAGUAUACUGUAUACUGAUGCACUCUGUUGCUUUGUUUACCAAAAAUCUAGUGAUUUUAUGUGAUAGCUUUCUAUAUUUUACAGUUAUCUAUUUAUAUUUCCAUUU